GUCUGACGUCACGAGACAUGGAAGAACUGAAGGCAAAAGGAAAGGAGGAAGAAAGAUAAAGCGACUAAAUAAACAACGGGGGAGUUACCCGCCUGGUAGGAGAGGUGUCCUUAUCGGAAGCCGUCGUUUGAAGACAAGGUGUAAAGAAGAUCGAAAGCAUGUUAAGUUAUUAGAUCCAGCUGUGAUGGAAGGAUAUGGUGGAUGCCAACUGGAAAGGAGAUAAUAACGAACUUAACAAAUCUACAGAGGAGAAAGAGAAAGGAAAAGGAAGAUGAAGCUCAAUGAACGCAGUGUGGCAUACUAUGCCACCUGUGACUCUCCACCAGACAAGACAGGCUUUUUGUUUAAAAAGGGUGAGCGCAACACAGCUUAUCACCGGCGUUGGUUUGUCCUAAAGGGCAACAUGCUCUUCUACUUUGAAGAGCGUGACAGCAAAGAGCCCAUAGGUGUCAUCGUCCUGGAAGGAUGUACAGUGGAGCUAUGUGAAUCUGCAGAAGAGUUUGCCUUCGCCAUUAAGUUUGACUGUGCCAAAGCGAGGGUGUACAAGAUGGCUGCUGAGAGCCAAGCAGCCAUGGAGUCCUGGGUCAAAGCGCUGUCAAGGGCCAGCUUUGACUACAUGAGGUUAGUGGUGAAGGAGCUGGAGAGGCAAUUGGAGGAGAUCCAAGAGGCUGCUGCAGCUGGUUCUGUUGGAGCAGGAGUUGGAGGACUGCAGGUCAGGCCAAAGACCCCCCGACGAAACCAGGUGGCAAGGUCCAGGUCAGGAGCAUCCUCGUCUUCAUCAUCUUUGUCUUCUGUAUCAUCGUCAUCAAGUGCCGCUGCCACAUCGGUCUCCUUCUCUGCUCAGAAGAGCCUCCAGGAUGAGGCACAGCUCAUCUCUGAGUGCUCAAAGGAGAAUGGGGUCACGUGGAGUAAACCACAAGCUGCCUUGGCAAACGGCUAUGUUGAUACAGCAUGUGUGGCCUGGGAUGCCUGUGGAGAUUCUGGGAAUAACACUGUGACUGGUUUCAAUGCUGAUGGGGUGAGGGCUCCACCAGUUCCUCCCAGGAGAAGAGGAGCUUCUCUGGAAAGCCCUGUUUCCCCCGGCACAAGCUGCUUCUCCAAACUCCAUGACUGGUAUGGAAAAGAAGUGGAAGAGCUGAGAGUUCAGUGGCUUCAGGGCCAGUAGACUCACAGAGAUGGAUCAUCUCUUUUCCCUCAGUUUUAUCAUUCCUUUGACAACUUGAAACGAUACAUUCUUUUAUAACCAAUCAUAUGAGACAAAUUAAAAUCAAGAUUGGUCCAGAUCUUGUCUGGCACAGGGGAAUCAAUCUGUCUCAAACAUUAGCACUCUUCACAAUCCUAGAAAUUUCUACAAUCCUAGAACCCAAAAGAAGUACAAAGCAGAAGUUAAUAUUUUCCACAAUUUUGCUGAAUGUAAUGUGCCAAGUACAAUAAUACUAAUAAAAAAAAGGUCUCUGUAGUCAAACCAUCAGUUUUAUGACAAGAAAGGUUUCAGGCCUUGAUUGGCCAUGUAGCAGGUAAUUUUUAUUGCUUUAUUGUUAAAUUGCCAGUACAAUAGUAAUAAUGUCUCUUCUCUUGUAGCUUUGAAAUAUACUGGUGCAAUUAUUUUGGGGUCCGGUUUGUUUUAGGUUGUUGGAACCUUGAUCUCAACUCAUGUUGUCUUAUGAGAAUACAUUCAACCUAGUGUGCUGAGAAAAAAGUGCUUUAAUCACCACAGUUGUCAUUUUAAUGUUGCAUGCAAGUGAAAUACAAAAGCCACAUAAAUUAUGAUCUAAAGAUAGAGCACAAAAAUUGAUAGGUUGCUAUAGUGACACAGUACCUACAGCCUACAAAGCCAAAUAGAAGAGAGAAUCUGCUGUAUGACCCAAGUUUUAUUCUCUUUAGGUAAAAAAUAACCACAACUGUUGAUUAUUUGACAUUAAAGUCAAGAAAUUAAGGUGAUAAAAUAAAAAGGAAACUGUUUUUAUAGUUUACAACAGUAUUAAAGUCUUAUUUUUAAUAAAGCAGUUAGAUGAUUGGAAAGCUUUUAAAUUAAAGCAAGAACCAGUAGUUUAAGUCUCAUGCAACUUCAGAUAUUCUUGAACUCAGAUUGCUUUAACACAUUGACCUGAAGAGAAAUAGGAGGUGAUACUCCAGGGAUGCCAUGUGUUGUAGAUGCGCAUCAGUCCAGAUUCUGUUCCACAUUCCCAGUGGGGCACAGCUCAGCCCAGAGGCCCAGUGGCUGCUGGAGUCAAAGCAGCCCCUCCACAGUCACUGGGGACUGUGGUGGGAGGUGGAUGCCCCGCUCAGAGCAACGCUCUGGUAUUUUUAGCUCUUGUUAGCCAUCAGCCAGAUGAUGCCGUGUCAUAAGAAUGCUUGUCACUUAACUUCUCUAUUGACUCUUGUAUUUUACAUUCUUGACCUUACAGGGCUUAAGUUGCUUUAAUUGGCUGUAUAAUUAAUUUUAUACUAUAUAAUAUAAUUGUCUUAAUAAUUGUCUUUAUUUGUUACUCUUUAAUUUUGUACUGCAGGAUUGUUUGAAUGUCAAUGACUGAGUAUAAUUAUAAAAGGAAUAUAUCAUGUGAACAUGUAACCUUUUGGUUUUUUGUAUAAAUUCUUACUAUUCCAUGUUGGAAAUUAACACCAGCAGUUUUCUAUAAUGAACCCUUUGACUGUAUUCCUAUAUCCAAUCAUGUCAUAGCUGUUUACACUUUUGUUCUGAGAUGCCUAAUGUUACCUUUAUAACACUUUAAUGCAAUUGAAACCGUUACCUUACAGUCAUUCUGCAAUGAUGAGAGGGUUUUUGACUUUGACUUUUUUUUGUUUCUGCUGUUUUCUUGCAAAAGCUCAUGUUGCAAUCACUUUUUGACAAUGGCUCUUUUCCUUCAGUCUGCAUCAAUGCACAGCACAAUGAUUACUGUUGUACACUUGGCUUGUGUGGAAAUGACACUGUGAGGAGGCGAACGGCAGUGUGGCUUACAGCAAGUUCACAGUGCUAUGCUUUUCACACAUAUUAUGAAAAAAUAUAAAUCUAGUGCCAAUAUUUUUUAUUCAUUCCAGAAGAACAUUACUGUAAUCAAGGAUGAUGUGUCUGUUUUUUGUUUUGCUAUAAUAUGAAAGGAAUUUGUGAAUGUGUUAAACAAGCAUAUAAUGAUAAUGGUGUCUAUGUUUAUGAAGGAGUGGCAAAUGAUGAAUGCAAACUAAAUGCAAACUAACUUGUCCCACAAAACAACUUCCACAAUUAUGGCAAGAAAAAAAAUACAAUAUUUCAGUACCUGAUAUGAGUAUUAUUUGAAAUAACCAUUAAUACUGAACACAUUUUUGUGAUACGGUACCAUAAGGAUGCAAACAGCUUAAUAAAAAAUGUUAAUAUGCCAUGAUCUGUUUUCUGUGUGGUGGCAGUUUUUUAGUGAUCACAGCAUCAUUUGGGUUCAAAUUAAGUCUGGUUUUCAUACAGUGAAGUACAACCUGUUCUAUGUAUUAGGACUUUUUCCUUUUCCAUUUUCCUUUUUGUAUGAAGUAUUGUAUGAUAAUUCCACUGAAUACAAACUGGCUUUUGAUAAAUCACACACAUUGGUUGCCAUUCAGCCACCAGGUGUCGCCAUGUCCCAGCUUUAUAGUUCAAUGUACAUUUUUAAACAGUCCAUAGGACUGUGGUCUUAAGGGCUACAACAUUGCUGUUAAAACUGCUGUUAGUGAUUUAUGGAGUGUAUAAUGCUGAGUUUUGUUGAAAUAGGAGGUUAAAGAAGUGUUAAUUCAACUACAUGAUCAUUUUGGAAUUUCAAAGUUUUACCAUGUUAAUAGCUUCCUGUAUCCUCAGAGAGGAAAAACUAGGCCAGUAAUUUAA